CUCUAUAUGAAGAAUGCAACAAUGAGUGGAAUUUGGUUAAAAAACUUCCUAAAGAUGAGAUUGAGGAUAAAAUAUUGAGGUAUCUAAAUAUCCAAGUACAAUUGCAAGAGUGUAUAAUAUAUGUUCCAAGUAGACAAUUCCAACUAUCACAAUCAUCGUCAUCGCCAAUACCUGAAUUAUGA